UAUAUAUAUAUAUAUAAAUAUAAAAUUGAAGAUGCGAAACAUGGCGAGUUCAGCCUCGCAGAAAGGAAUCGCCGCCAUUGUCGGCGUCGGCCCCAAGCUCGGCCGCUCAAUCGCCCGGAAAUUCGCCCACGAAGGCUACACCGUCGCCAUCCUCGCUCGAGACCUAGGUAGGCUGUCGAUAUUCGCGGAUGAGAUAGCGAGAGAAGAGAAGGCGCAGGUAUUCGCGAUCCGGAUCGACUGCUCGGAAUCCCGGAGCAUCAAGGAGGCGUUCGAGGGGGUUCUCUCUCUAGGUUUCGUGGAAGUUUUAGUCUACAACGCGUACCACCCGAUAUCGUGGAACCCCACCUGCUUCGCCGACUUACGCCUCGACCGCUUCGAGAAAUCCCUCGCCGUUUCCUCCGUCGGCGCCUUCCACUGCGCCCAACAGGUGCUGCCGGGGAUGGUGGAUAGAAGGAAAGGGACUAUUCUCUUCACGGGGUGUUCGGCUUCGCUUAACGGCAUUGCCGGUUACUCCGAUUUAUGUUGUGGCAAGUUUGCAACGAGAGCCUUAUCACAAUGCCUUGCUAGAGAGUUCCAACCCAUGGGAGUCCACGUUGCUCACGUCAUCAUUGACGGCGUUAUCGGUGCACCUAGGAGCACAGUGUCAUCGACCCCACAGCAAAUUAGGUGGACCUCAUCUUCAUCUUCUUCAGUAGGGGAACAUGGAGGAGGAGGAGGAGGUGGGGAUGGUGUAAUGGACCCUGAUGUGCUGGCGCAAACUUAUUGGCAGUUGCAUGUUCAGGACAGGUCCACGUGGACCCAAGAGAUCGAUCUUCGUCCAGGUGGGCCCAGGCUCGUCUGAGUUCCGAUUACAUCAUCAAAACAUAUUCCCAUUCUUGAACCUAUCUACUUCAUUUGGCUGUACGUUAUAAAUUAACAGAAUUGUCAUCUCAUAAUAUGAUCCAUGAGCAACUAAAUUAAGCAUCAUGUGACAUAAUUUAUAUAUAUAUAGCAUAUAAUAUGUAAUCCAAAUUUGCUCCGACGUCACUCGACUCCUCGAGUCAGUUUGGAUUAGUUUGAACACUUACAUUAUAUAAGCAAAUAUUCAUAUGUAGACUUUGCGUGAAGUUUGUUUGGACAAAUGUAUUUGAAUCGAAUAUCGAGUAAUUUAAUUUGAUGAUCAAUGCUCGUGGCAUGUGGGGAGAGGCCCCUCUUGUGUAA